AGCGUGUGUGUGCGGGUUUCCACGCCGGCUGUAGCAAAGCUGAACAGAUUUUCAUCAGGUUUAGCUUUAAAUUAAGUGAUUUCAGGAGUCGGUUUACGUGUCGAACUGCAUAUGAAACUGAGCAGCUGAGUGACAAGUGAACUCGAAAAGUGAAAACGUGGAGACGUAGUAAAGGCUAAAUGCCACCGAAUAGCCCGUAAAAAAACGUCUCCACAUUAAGAGCAGUUUACUAACAUUCCCAUAGUACAGAGGAGGAUUGCAGCCAUGGCAGGCAAGGGUCGUGGAGUGGCUGCCUUUACCUUUAACAUUGAGGCUCUGGGCAUCGGCAGGGGCAGCAUGCCAGAAGCCAGGGUGGGGCCCAGUCCGCUGUUUCCAAACACAGAUUUUAAGCCACUGCCACUGAAAGCUGGCGAGGAUGAGGACUACAUGCUGGCCCUAAAACAGGAGAUGAGGGGAAUGAUGCAACGGCUGCCACACAACAUCAAGCCUCUGUCCAAUAAAGCAGAGGUGGAGAGAUAUACCGAGAGAUACCUGAAGCUGAGUCAGAUCGAGGACGAAGACUGGACUCCAGACUGGAACCGCCUCCCAAAAGAAUUGAUGCCCCAAACUAAAAAGCCUCGUGCUAAACCAGGCACAAAGAAGAAAACUGUGAAGAUAUCACGCAAAGACACAGACAAUAUGCUUAAUAAGUUAGAUGAACUGGCAAAGAAAGAUGAUGGGAACGCUGAAAAAUCAGACGAUGAGACGGAAAAGAAAAAGGGGAAUGAGGAGGAUGAAGAAGAAAUUGAAGCAGAAGAAUAUGAUGAAGAAGAUGUCGAGGAGGAAAACGACUACAUCGACAGCUAUUUUGACAACGGCGAAGAUUUUGCUGCAGACAGUGACGACAACAUGGACGGCGAGGCCACAUACUGAAACAGGGUGACUCAACCACGCACACUCACUGCUGGAGUAAACAGUCAUUAUGUGAUUGUUUCUGUCGGUUACAUAUUUGUAGAUACGCUGUC